AUGGGUAUUCGUUUUCCGGAGAUCAUUCUUCACGCCAAGCAAAUAACUCACCGUGUGGCGGCGCCGUCGCACCGGCAAGUUGGGUAUGAAGUGACGAAGCAACGAUCGUCGUCUUCCGAUGUUCCGAAAGGCCAUUUUGUGGUCUAUGUUGGAGAGGAAGAAGAAGACAGGAAGCGAUUUGUUGUGCCAUUGUCGUACUUGAAGAAUCCCCUGUUUCAAGAACUGUUGAGUAAAGCUGCUGACGAGUUUGGAUUUGACAAUCAGUUCGGUGGGAUUACGAUUCCUUGUGCUGAGGAUCAAUUUUUGGGUUUAACUUCUCGGUUGAAUAGACUCAUUAGUUGAAAUUGGUCAGAACUGAGUACCCAUUUGCCCAGAAGCUUAAAAAAUGGUAUAGAACUCUGUAAAUUAAUCGAUGAUAUUUUAAUAUUAGGGGGGGUUUUUCAGAAAUGGGUUUCUCUUGCACUAUGGAGAGUUUAGCCAUUGAUGUAUUUUUGUUCAUUUAUCUUCCUGUUUAAUACAAAAUCUGAAUCAUUGAACCAUUG